CGUGCCCGGCGUGCGCCAGCGCGGCUGAGUCACGGCGCGGCGAUGAGGCAGCGGGCGCGGCGGGCGGCAGCGUCCCCCGGCGCCUGAGCAGCCGCCCCGCCCCGCCGCAGAGCCGCCGCCACCAUGAUGGAGGAGAUAGACCGGUUCCAGGUGCCCGCCGUGCGCGCAGAGAUGCAGCCGCUGGAUCCAACAGCUGCAUCCAUUUCGGACAGAGAUUGUGAUACAAGAGAGGGAGAAACUGUAGCCAUGAACUAUAAGCCGUCCCCACUUCAAGUGAAAUUAGAGAAACAGAGGGAGCUGGCUCGGAAGGGCUCCCUGAAGAACGGCAACAUGGGAAGCCCAGUUAAUCAGCAGCCCAAGAAGAACAACGUGAUGGCGCGAACAAGGCUUGUCGUUCCCAAUAAGGGCUAUUCGUCAUUAGACCAGAGUCCAGAUGAGAAGCCACUGGUAGCCCUGGAUACGGACAGCGAUGAUGACUUUGACAUGUCCAGAUACUCUUCCUCGGGAUACUCGUCAGCUGAGCAGAUCAACCAAGACUUGAACAUCCAGCUGCUAAAAGAUGGGUACCGGCUAGAUGAGAUCCCAGAUGACGAGGACCUCGACCUAAUCCCCCCUAAAUCGGUCAACCCUACCUGCAUGUGUUGCCAAGCCACCUCCUCCACCGCCUGUCACAUCCAGUAGUGAGGCCGGCAGGCUGUGAUCAGUGCUAUCCACUAUAACUGUAAAACUUAACAGCCAUUGCUUCCUCCUAUGGUAGGACGUGCACCUCUUUGUGUUCAUGGAGCCAGGAGAAACCAAAAAAUUCAUUUUAUGAUUGGUUGAUAAGUUAGUUUAACCUACGGUUAAAACAAAAAGAAGUUACUCAAAGUGCCAGGCAGUGCCUGGCAGAACUGACUGGUCUGGAGAGCAAAUGCAGGUCCAGACAUACCUCCUUGGUUUGUGUAGACACUGGGGAUAUUUUGUUAGGUGUCUGUCCCAGAAUGGGAAGGGUCAGAUGGGACUGCAGGUAAUCCUGCCCACCAAAACCAAUCCAUAUGCCAGAUCAGGGAGGAGUCUGAGGUGUCAGGGAGUUUUACUGGUGAGAGGUGGUCAGUUCUUAAUUCUUUCACUAAACUUGUUUCAUUCGCAUAACCAAAAUGAUACUGUAGCUUGGCAUAAUAAUGGGGAUGGAGCAGAGUAUCCUUUCUAAUGGCAAGGCUAGCAAGGACUAGCAUGUCACAAUUCAUUCACUUGCAUAGAGGACAAAUAUGUGGUAUUUCACUGUGAGUUGGUAAUAGCUAGAGCAGUUGUGUCACAUAUCCAAUGCAAUCUACCCUUAGCUCCACAUUAUGUUAUCAUCAAACACAUCAGAUUCAAUCUGCAAUCCAUCUGUGCUCUUCAGGAAUUCAGUUCUUGCCCAAGAACACCAUACUCCCGAGUUCAGUCUAGUCACGUAUACUGACUUCAGCCUAUAUUUAAUUCCCGUUUGCUUCCAAAUACCUUAAACUUGGUGCAACUAAGAAAAAAUGAGACAGGACAAGAGCUGUAGAGUCUGAAGGUCGCUGCUGGAAAAGCUGAUAGAAGAAAGCGCAUUUCUGCAGUGCUCAACUGUUGAUAUUCUCUUGACCCUACAUCUCUUGGUGCCUGUGGGACAGAUUUGUUAAUGCUGAACGCAUUUGCAUGGUGGUGUCAGACUUUAGGGGAGUUUUCAGCAACAGCAGGGUUAUGAACAACUUCAGCUGAAAGAGAAACAUGAGGGGAAAUUGCUGUUUAUUGCAUCGUUGCCCACUUGUGAACCAGGCAGGGUGUUAGCACUGUCCCAUGUCAGGUGCAACCAUGUUUAUUUGGUGCUGAAAUAGUCAGGAAACCUGGCAUUAUACUAGGUUGCUGGAGUGAAUUGCCAGUUCACCAGCAGAUUGUUUUGAAUGCAAAAUCAUUUCUGGAAUCAGAAAUGUGUCCUCUCCCUGGCCAGUCUUACACUGCUGGCUUCAGCAUAAGGAGAGAUCAGGCAAGGGAUGGGCUGGCAUUUUUCUCAGCAUUGAAUUCUUUUGACACAGGCAUGACAGUGUGUUUUCCUGCCCUGCCAGGAAGGCAAGGGCCAUUCUGAGCUGCCCAUUAGAAUUCCUAAGUCACAAGCCAGAGCCUGAGCCCCACCCCAAGACAGAUCCCCUACCUGAAAUCUGCAUGAAGUGAGCUGAGUCUUUAAGAAGUCCUCUUCAUGAUUAGAUUUACUUAACAUCCUGGGGUUUCACCCUGUGCAGUGCAAAGCACGAUACCAUCCACAGCAUGAGCAAAAGAGCAGGCACACACGAUUCCUGGGCUUUAUUAUUUAGUAGCUUGUAUGGGCAACUGUUAAAAGCUUUGUUUGCCCCACCACCACCCCAAAAACAGCACGCUGCCACCCUGUUUCCAGGCCAUAGAAAGAAGACUGAGUGGUGCUACUUACUGAGCAUCGCCGCCUCCUCAGCAGAAGUGCUCCUUAACUUGCCAGCUCAUCUAGGAAGUGUUCCUCCAAUGAGUUCCUCUCCCUUUCUCACCACCUGGUGAUGCUGAGUGGGAAUAUUUCCAAAAUGUUUCUAAAGAAGCACAAAGCAUCAAGUCUUGCUUUUUCCUUCAUGUGCCUGCUUUCCUCUGCAUUGCUAGAUCAAGUAGCAAGAUUUUAGCAAGUUGUCUGGAGGCAGGGGAUGAGCUCUAACAACGCUCUUUAGAGGGAAAAGAUAACAGGGAAAAAACAUUCUUAAAGGAGUUGUUUUUUAAUAGGGAAUGUAGUCUAAACCUAACAGAAACACCAUCAUCUAACCAAAUCCUAUGGGAGAUGACCAAGUUUCUUUAUAUCUUCACUCUUCUGAAGAGGGACAUUGCAGUUCGGCAUUGGUACCGUGCAACAUUUUCAUCACUUUUUAUCCUCCUGGGUCAGUCUCUGUGCCUUCCAGCCGGGCUGCACAAGCUCAGCCUUUCCUGCAGCCCUUGCUCAGGAGCUUGGAGCAUUUCAGUGUGCCUGCUAGAGCAACAAGGCAUCCGUUUACAUGUGUCAUCCAUGGGGGACUACAGGUCCCACAGGUCUCCGUCAUGCUGCCAUCAUGUUCCGUCUAAGACAGAAUGAGGUUUGCUAACACUGUAUCUCCCAGGUUUAACACUUCCCCUCUGAAGGACAGACGUUUCCUGAUAACCAGUGCCACAUGGCACCACGAUCUAGUCCUUUUAUUGCCCCUGUUGCUGGGGUUUGCCUGCCACAUACCCUGAGCCUUUCCCCAACACUGCAACUGCCCUCAGCCCUUUGCAUUGUAUGAUAUGCAUCUGCUUCUAGCACAGUCCUUUAGGGAGGGAGAGAGAUGAAUUUAAAUAUUACACCAGUGUUUCCUCCAAAUACAGAUGGAAGCUCAAGCCAAGUGUUUUUCCCUGUGCACAGAAGGAGCUGGUUGCAUCAAUAGCUGCUUUGGCAUGACAGUACAGGACCAUAAAAUGGCAAUUUUUUGGCUUCUCCUCUCUAUGCUUUGUGUUCAUAUAUUUUAUUAGGGGAAUAAAGUAGAAUGGGUUGGGAAAGUAGUUACCUGUGUAGGGUCAUUAUAAGGAAGGCUGAAUGAGUUAAGGCAAUGCACAUGUGGCUAUCAGAGAAAACUGAACACUAACCCUUCUGAAUCGCAGCCCCUUAAGUAGGUUAUGACCAUGCGGCAGUUCUGUUGGCUCGUUACGGAAUAAGGUGGACAGCCUGUCAGUGUGUAUUAAGUGCAGACGGGGCUAGAUCGCUCUGUCUGGUCUCAUGUUCAGUCCUUUGCUUCAGCUAGGUUUUCCUUGUGCCCACGUUGGAAGUUACACUGUGGUGACUUCCUGGGAAGGUUUACAGAUAUGUGGCUAUACUGGCACGGUUUUCCUUAGACCAGCUUCUGCCACCAUGCCUGGAGAAGAUCAAAGCGAAGAGCACAGACCCUGAGUCUCUGUUGCAGCAUUAUAAAGCCCUAAAAUCUGCAAGGUCCUGCACGCUCUCCUAAAUGCAGACUGCACACAGAAAAGCAAAUCAUUCCUUGUUCCAGUGUUUGCACCGAACCAGAUGGUCUUCUUAGGCCCAAUUUUCAGUCCAAGGUUGUACAGAAUACCACGGGGAAGAGCACCAUGGAGUAUGAAAGGCUGCAUCGCUGUCCAUCUAAAUUACCACGCUAAUAGGAUUUAAGGAUAUUGAUGCUGGUGCCUCUACGAAGAAAUUUGCAUUUCAUGCCUCCUAAAGCCAGACUGGCUUUUAGUUAGGAUUUUAUGUAAUUUCAGCCACUGAAUUACCUGACCAAGUCCUUUCCUUUUAUCAGGUGUUAAUUUUGCCCUUUAAUGUGAGCUGGCUGAACUCCAGAGUCUCAGCAUUCAACUCUGUCUCUCUGGUCUGCAAACUCCCCAUUCCUAGAUGUCUGUGUAAGGAGGAAUAUCCUCCUAGUGUUGCAGGUCUUUAGAUAGCAUAGUCUAGUCUGCUUUUCUGGUGUUUGUAAAUAAACUUCGGCUGUGAGGAGGCUGAUGUCCAGGCAACCAUUCUGAAGACUCAUUUGAUGCCUUGGCAGACGUGUUGAAGCCAACCCUUGGAAGAAUCACUGGAUCAUGUCUGAUAUUAGUGCAUGUCUACCCCCAACAUGUACGCUUGGCCACUUAGUCUACUCUGCUGUUCUGGCUGUCUUGCCUGCAGAUGCCUUGCGACUGCAAAAGCAGGCGAACAAGCCUGCUUCAUGGAUCUUGAAAGGGACUUCAGGACACUUUCCUAUGGACAGGAUGGACUCAGCUGCCUCUGAUUUGUCUCUCCAGCUCCUUUCCCAAAGGAAGGCACCUGCUCUGCUCAGCUGUGUGCUGGCUGACACAUUGGUCGGCAGUCAUGAGUGGAAUCCUUUCCUUUCCAUGCAGAGUCUGUCCUCAGGCUGGCCUGCAAGCUGUACAAUGGCAUGUAGGAGGUGUGAAAAGUACAGCGCCCUGUAUGUGACUCAACAGAAACGUGAAGAUGCUUUUGAAGAAAGGAAAGACUCAGCUGGGCACCAGAUGGAACAACAGGAAAAGGAAAACCAGCAGUAACCUGAAAGAUUGCCAAUUGUCCGGGUGAAUCUAUGCCAGUGCAGUUCUGAUACCAGCAGGGAGCAAAUCUUGCUCUUGUAUACGGACACCAGAAACACUGUCCCUGAGCUGGCACUGCUGCCAAAUACUACCACAGAGAGUGUGCUAGACUGUUGGAGCACACAUGUGAGAUCUGGGGUCCCUUGCUGCUCUUGGCACGUGGUACACGUUUGCUCUGGUACACUUGGGCAAGUCACAUCCGCUCUUGGGGUUCAUUCUCUUCUGCAGCACAGGAAAGAAACCUGCCUUCCCAAGAUGCUACCACCCCCCUGCACAGAUGUUGCCAAGUGUGUGAUGGGCACCACUGAUAGGAUAGCUCUGCAAGCAAGAUGCAAAAACCAUGCUAAAGAAAUUUUAUGCGUCUUUUCAAAGUCCUACCCUGCUUUCCUUCUGUUUACCAGCUUCUGAUGUUGCUUGUAUGUGCCAGAAGGCUGUGGGAUGGAGGUUAGUAGAGAGAUUAAACAGCUUUGGGGGAAGAUGUUUGGCAAGGAUGAGUUUCCCAGUUAUUUGGCAGCUGGCUCACACAACCGGCUUCUCAAUCUGCCUGCUGACACACAGAACAUGUAAGAACAUUUGCUGGCCCAACAGCACCAUCCUCUGCUAGCAAAGUUAAGGAACUCAGGAGUGCAACUGGGAUAGCGAAGGCUGAUGGGAGGGAACAGAGCACAGAAGGGCUCAUUUAGGAUAUUCCCACAACAGUUUCAUGCUCUUUUAGCAUCCAUGUAAUCAUGUGAGGGUAUAAACCAGCAGUUUUGCCUGGAAUAUUCCUUUAUUUUUCCAUUCUCUCUUCAAACUCACAGUGGAUAUGGCAAAUCUUGCCUGGAAUAAAGAAGAUUUUGUCACUUGGCUGCUGCUUGGCUGAGCAGGCACAGGCUGCAUGUUGAAAAGAAACAUCUGCACAGAUGGGCAGUGCUGUGGUACAAGCUGGGCUCAGUCAAGCCUAAAGGGAAGGCAAGGGAAGGUCUUAAUUUUUAAGGGUUUUUUCACCUCUAGGAGAACGGUGCAUCCUUGUUACUUCCUUUUAAGGCUUUCCAGUGAGGGGGAUUGCUCCAAAUCUUUCAAAAAAUGCCUGUUAUUGAGAUACAAGAGCCUUGAAGCAGACGGGCCAGCAAUUUAGCAUUGAGGAAAAGGGUUUGACUUGGGACUACAUGCAGAAGAUUAAUGCAGGUUUGUUACAGGGGCUGGCAUCCAUAAUUUUAACUCCAUGUAUUAUGCAACUGAGGUGCUCCAUUGCUUCCAAAAGAUUACAACUACAUCCUGUCCUUUGCACCCAUUGACAUUGCUGUGGCCCCCAGGAUCACAGCAGCUAAAUGCUGUCUGGCUGAGCACUGCUUUGACAGCUUGCUGGGGGGCAAAGGUUGGGGACUAAUUGAGCACCAGGGCCCAUGCACCAUGCAGCAGGCCAUGUCACAGAGCAGCAUGGAUACUGGCAGGACAGCUUUCCCUGGUGCCUGUGGAGAGCAGCUCUUCCCAUUGCUUCUCAGACUCAUUUGCCAAUGGUGGUGGUUCCGAGCCUUUCUCUUUCUCUAAAAAGCUGCCCCAACAAAAGAUGGAUUUGCUCCUGGGAAGAGCCUGCCCUGCUGGUUCUGCCCAGCCUGUGGAGCAAUUUCCAUAUGGUGAUAUAGGUGGUGGGAUUGCAGCAAGUAGCGGAAGGUACAAAAGAAGCCUCAUUAAAAUGUAACUGUCUCAGACACUGGAAGCCAACACAGUAGGCAGGAGGAAGAGAAAAGGCCACUGAAAGAUCGUGCUGAGAUAAGUCCUAUUACCUGUCGAGAUGUCAGCCCUCCUGAAACAGCAUUUCUACCCUGGUUCCUAUCCAGCCUUCCCAAGUGAGCUCAUCUGGAAGCACUGCUCUCCACCCAGGCUGCCUUCUUGAUUCUGCACCCCAAAAAAGCUGCAACUUCAUUUGUUACCCACCUUCCUGGAGUCGGCAUACUUUGGGAGACAGACGGUUUGUUGAGAGAUGUAAUACAGAUGCACGGAGAGAGAUGGAAAACUUGGACAAGCUCUCUUUAUGACAGCCCUUCUGGUUUUUAUCACCUUCGUCUCCAUUCCCAGCUAACAGAUUUCUUUGCUCAGUCUUUUUGCAUGGAAAAGCUGCAGUAGCAGUUGUGUUCAGCUUGUAGCUGUCUCUGUCCUGAGGCAAACCCAAGGGAAAUGUCAGACCAGCGGGAGGCCCAACAACCAAAUCAUGGCAGGUGAGCCAGAAAGCAGGCUGAGAUUUCUCCUCACCCAUCUGAAGGCUGUGGGACUGAGUGUUCACCAAGCUAGUGUAAAACCGUGGUGUGAUUCAGCAAGCCAAGGCAGCUGCCAUUACCCUGCCAGCCUUGGUGCUGCAGCAGGUCUGGUACCCAAGCGCCAGGCCCCAGACCUGCCAUCCCAUGUGCUCCUGGUGUGGGCGGGAGACCUGCAGCAAAGGCACAGGUGGGAUGCCUGUUGGCUGUGCUCUUGCUGUGCUGGGGCAGGGUGCUGUAAGAGUUGCUGGUAGGGCUGUGGUUUGCAGGGAGAAAGACUCUUGCAGAGGAUUAAGUCUUUGCAAGGGAAAAAAAUCAGAGAGUUGGAGUGUGUAUCCUCCCUGCCCUUUUUGCACAUUUUUAACCAUUUUUACUCCUUCCACAGAGGUUAUUGAACCUUCCAUUUAAUAAAGGAAAUGAGCCACCAUUAACUAGUUUUAUGAAGGGUCUGAAAGCAGGCACCACUUCCAUGCCAAGCUGGUUGUGCCUACCGUGUGGUUUCCAGACUUCAUUGUACAUCCGGUAGCUGAGUCACUCUGUGCAAGGACUGAGGUGAAAGAGUGAGCACUGAACAUCAUGUCAAACAGCCACAGUUUCCCAAACUGAAGAAGAAUCAGACGAAGUGGGGAAGGAGCAGUGAUGAUAGAAGGAUAGCUAGUUGUCACAGGUAAUCUUCAGUAUCCAUGUCCAGUGGUUAGUCCUAGAAUCGCAAGCCUUGUUAUAUUGCACACGUCCUCCUUCCACUCCUCUUUUCUCAAAUCAGUCAUCAUCUUUCCUCCCCCUUGCCCCAUGCACUAGUGAUCAGCAUCAGAGGCAGUUGCACCAAAGUGACUUGGCCCACUUCUGCAUCCCCCUCUCCCACCUGAAUCCAGGGCAGUCCAGAAAGUUGUUGGCCAUUGCAGGUCUUAAUUCCUGAAACUCAACUUGGGUUUCUUUCUUUGGGUACCAUAGCUUCCUCCUCACAUUCUAACAGGGCAGUACAGGAGGCUUCAACAGUGUUCCAAGAAGCCUCUUUGACCCAUGGCAGCACCUCACAGACAUGCACCUUACUGGGAAUGUACUGGGAAGAUGCUGGUGAAAGCUGGCACUGCCAGUCUUCCGUAAGAUGGGGAUUCACUGGAGGAAGCUGUCAGGGAGUGGCUACUGUCCCUUUUCUUUUUUCGUGGAGAGGGGGAUUUUUUUGGCAUUUUAACUGUUGUCCACCUUCCAGUGGCCAAGUUCUGGACUGCAUUAAUAAUUGGAGUUCGUUGGCUGUCCGGGCAGGUAUAGAGCUUUGCACCAAUUUUAAUAUCAAACAUCGUGGCUGUAUCCAGAACCUGGAUUCAGGCUGGGUUCUCCCAUGCUGGCAAAGUAUUUUCAUCAGGCUCCAGAUAGACAUUUCUGACACACAGGAAAACAGCACUCCUUCGAGUCCAGAUCAAAUCUGUACUUCCGUUUUGUGUCCUUAGCUUGGAAAAAAAUUCAGCCCAAGAAAAUGCUUCCCAGGUCUUCUUCCUCUUGUUGUGGCUGGCGCCCCAGGGGAAGGGGAGGUGGGACACAUUUCAGGAUCGCUAAAAGCAAAAUCCUUUUUGGAUGCAUUUAAUGGAAAUAUCUUUCAGGAGAAGGGACCUCCUGACCUGUGCGUUAAUCUCAAGAGCAGGAGAUGAAUUUCCAUCUGUCCUUGCAUAUAGUGAAACAUAGCUGAAACAGCCAAAUGCAAAGUAGAGUUAAAUGUAGGGUUUGACCUGAAUAACCUUUUAAUUAGGAAGAUAAAUUUGUUGUAGCUUGACCUUAGUCCACAUUAGGAACCUGCUAAUCAUUUGACAUGCAGAGUGUAUUAAUGCUGCACUUAACUUGGCCAUUGGUUUUAUUAUCUGGUUUGAGGAGUUUUUUCGCUCCCAAAGCAUCAAUCUGCAUCUUGUAUGAGUUUUCUUUUCCUUCUUUUUUUCCUGUUCAGAACAUGUAGCACACUAUUGUACUUCUGUUCCCGUCUGUGUAGAGUAUUGCCUUAAACAGAUCAGUUGUGUUGUGGUUUGUUUUGGGUUUAUGCAUUAAUUUAUUUAAAAAUACGGGAUUUUUUUCAAAACCAUGAAACAUGUAUAAUAUUUUUUUUAACAUUUCCAUUGCAGUAUUUAUCAUUGUUACUGGUUGUGUGUAGUGUAACAGAAUUAAUGAUAUUAAAAAGCAUACAUAUGAAAACCAGC